AGCAGCCCGCCCGCAGCGGAGGUGGGGGGGGGCACGCACGUGUGCGCGCAGCCCUCGACGGCCGCCCUCCAAGCAUGCUGCGCGGAGCCGCGCAGGGCAGAGCGGCGGCGAGGAGCUGAUCCGCGGGAGAGGAAGAGGAGGGAAGGAGAGGAGCGGCUCCGCGGAAACCUCCGUCCCGUCCGACACUCACCAGCACACUUCCCCCCCUCCCCAGCCCUCGGGAGGCAGCGGCGGUCCCGCAGCAUGGGCGGCCGCAGCCCCCUCGCCGCCGCCGGGCCCCGCGGGGCCGCUGUCCUGGUGCUGCUGCUGGGGCGCGUCGCCCUCUGCUCCGCCGUGGAGGAAAAGAAAGUUUGUCAAGGGACAAAUAACAAGCUGACCCAGCUGGGACAUGUGGAAGACCAUUUCACCAGCCUGCAGAGGAUGUACAACAACUGCGAGGUGGUACUCAGCAACCUAGAGAUUACAUACGUGGAGCACAAUCGUGACCUUUCUUUCCUGAAGACGAUACAGGAGGUUGCAGGCUACGUGCUCAUCGCGCUCAACAUGGUGGAUGUCAUUCCCCUAGAAAACCUCCAGAUCAUCCGAGGCAAUGUGUUGUAUGACAACUCUUAUGCCCUGGCAGUUUUAUCCAAUUACCACAUGAAUAAAACCCAGGGACUCCAGCAGCUGCCAAUGAAACGGCUAUCAGAAAUUCUUAAUGGAGGUGUUAAAAUCAGCAACAACCCCAAACUGUGCAACAUGGACACUGUUCUCUGGAAUGACAUCAUUGACACGAGCAAGCAGCCUCUCAAGGUGCUUGAAUUUGCAAGCAACCUGUCUUCUUGUCCCAAAUGCCAUCCGAACUGCACAGAAGACCACUGCUGGGGCCCUGGUGAACAGAACUGCCAGACAUUAACGAAAGUCAUCUGUGCCCAGCAGUGCUCUGGCCGGUGCCGGGGAAAGGUGCCCAGCGACUGCUGCCACAACCAGUGUGCUGCGGGGUGCACAGGGCCUCGGGAGAGCGACUGCCUGGCAUGCCGCAAGUUUCGGGAUGAUGCUACGUGCAAGGAUACGUGUCCCCCGUUGGUCCUCUAUAACCCCACCACUUAUCAGAUGGAUGUCAACCCUGAUGGAAAAUACAGCUUUGGAGCCACUUGUGUGAGGGAAUGUCCACACAACUACGUGGUGACAGACCACGGCUCCUGUGUUCGCUCUUGCAAUACCGAUACUUACGAAGUGGAAGAAAAUGGUGUUCGGAAGUGUAAAAAGUGUGAUGGGCUAUGCAGCAAAGUGUGCAAUGGCAUUGGAAUAGGUGAACUUAAAGGGAUCCUCUCCAUCAAUGCCACCAACAUCGACUCCUUCAAAAACUGUACCAAGAUCAAUGGAGACGUCAGCAUUCUCCCAGUAGCGUUUCUAGGCGAUGCCUUCACGAAGACCCUACCCUUGGACCCCAAGAAGUUGGAUGUCUUCAAAACAGUCAAAGAAAUAUCAGGAUUUUUGUUGAUUCAGGCCUGGCCCGAUAAUGCUACUGAUCUCUAUGCCUUCGAAAAUCUGGAGAUUAUACGAGGCAGAACCAAGCAACAUGGCCAGUAUUCCCUUGCUGUUGUUAACUUGAAAAUACAGUCCUUGGGGCUGCGCUCCCUCAAGGAAAUAAGUGACGGAGAUGUUGCCAUUAUGAAGAACAAGAACCUCUGCUAUGCUGACACCAUGGACUGGCGCAGCCUGUUUGCAACUCAGGGCCAGAAAACAAAGAUUAUACAGAACAGAAAUAAAAAUGAGUGUGCUGCCGCCAGGCAUGUUUGUGACCCCCUGUGCUCGGACGUGGGCUGCUGGGGCCCUGGACCCUUCCACUGCUUCUCCUGCAGGUUUUUCGAUCGCCAGAAGGAGUGUGUGAAACAGUGCAAUAUCCUGCAAGGGGAGCCGAGAGAGUUUGAAAGGGACUCCAAGUGCCUGCCCUGCCACCCCGAGUGCCUGGUGCAAAACUCCACCAUGUACAACGCAACCUGCACUGGACCUGGCCCUGACAAUUGCAUGAAGUGUGCCCAUUUUAUAGACGGCCCCCACUGUGUGAAAUCCUGCCCGGCGGGCGUUCUGGGCGAGAACGACACCCUCGUCUGGAAAUACGCCGACGCGAAUGCCGUUUGCCAGCUCUGCCAUCCAAACUGCACCCGGGGGUGCAAAGGGCCAGGUCUUGAAGGCUGUCCAAAUGGCUCCAAAAUCCCGUCUAUCGCGGCUGGCGUCGUCGGAGGUCUCCUGUGCCUGGUGGUGGUCGGCUUGGGCAUCGGCCUUUACUUGCGGAGGCGCCACAUCGUCAGAAAGCGGACCCUGCGCCGGCUGCUGCAGGAAAGAGAGCUUGUUGAACCACUGACACCCAGCGGGGAGGCACCGAACCAGGCUCAUCUGAGAAUUUUAAAGGAAACAGAAUUUAAAAAGGUCAAAGUUUUAGGCUCUGGCGCUUUUGGCACAGUUUAUAAGGGACUUUGGAUCCCAGAAGGGGAGAAGGUUAAAAUUCCGGUUGCUAUUAAAGAAUUGAGAGAGGCUACAUCGCCAAAAGCCAACAAGGAAAUACUUGAUGAAGCUUACGUGAUGGCUAGUGUUGACAAUCCUCAUGUGUGCCGCUUGUUGGGAAUCUGCCUCACUUCUACUGUUCAGCUCAUCACACAGCUGAUGCCUUACGGCUGCCUCCUUGAUUACAUCCGAGAGCACAAGGACAACAUCGGCUCCCAGUACCUUCUCAACUGGUGUGUGCAGAUUGCAAAGGGAAUGAACUAUUUGGAGGAGCGUCGCCUGGUGCACCGCGACCUUGCUGCCAGGAACGUCCUCGUGAAGACUCCUCAACACGUGAAAAUCACGGACUUCGGGCUGGCAAAGCUGCUCGGCGCUGACGAGAAGGAGUAUCACGCCGAGGGAGGCAAGGUUCCUAUUAAGUGGAUGGCCUUGGAGUCAAUUUUACACCGGAUUUACACUCAUCAAAGUGAUGUCUGGAGUUAUGGUGUGACAGUUUGGGAGCUCAUGACAUUUGGGUCCAAACCGUACGACGGGAUCCCCGCCAGUGAAAUCUCCUCUGUCUUGGAGAAGGGCGAGCGUUUGCCCCAGCCCCCCAUCUGUACCAUCGACGUGUACAUGAUCAUGGUCAAAUGCUGGAUGAUCGAUGCAGACAGCCGUCCCAAGUUUCGCGAACUGAUAGCGGAGUUCUCGAAAAUGGCCCGCGACCCUCCACGCUAUCUCGUUAUACAGGGAGAUGAUAGGAUGCACCUGCCCAGCCCUACGGACUCCAAGUUUUAUCGCACCCUGAUGGAGGAGGAGGACAUGGAAGAUAUAGUGGACGCGGAUGAGUAUCUCGUGCCGCACCAGGGCUUUUUCAACAGCCCCUCGACAUCCCGCACUCCUCUCUUGAGUUCAUUGAGUGCUACUAGCAACAACUCUGCUACAACCUGCAUUGACAGGAACGGGCAGGGGCACCCUGUGAGGGAAGACAGCUUUGUCCAGAGGUACAGCUCAGACCCAACGGGUGCUUUCUUGGAGGACAGCAUAGACGACGGCUUCCUGCCGGCCCCGGAGUACGUAAACCAGUUGGUGCCCAAGAAGGCAUCUGCCUCAGUGGUCCAGAAUCCAAUCUACAACAACUUCUCUCUCACAGCAAACUCAAAGGUCCCCACGGACUCCAGCUACCAGAAUUCACACAGCACAGCUGUGGACAACCCCGAGUAUCUCAACACCAACCAGUCUCCGCUCUCCAAGACAGUCUUCGAGAGCUCUCCUUACUGGAUCCAGGCGGGCAACCACCAAAUAAAUCUGGACAAUCCUGACUACCAGCAGGACUUCUUACCGAAGGAAACCAAACCUAACGGUCUCCUGAAAGUUCCCGCGGCAGAGAACCCAGAGUACUUGAGGGUAGCAGCACCAAAAAGUGAAUACAUUGAAGCCUCAGCAUGACCAUGGAGAAUUUCUUCUUGCAGCGAGGAAAGCCAGACUCGAUGAAGCACCUGGCUACUGCAAGAACGGACUCUUGCUCAGAGCGAACAGCGACUGCAAUGCGUCAGUAAGCACACCUUUCCUUUUCAGCACGGCGGCUGAAACUACAAAGCCUAUCUGAUGGUAGUUUGGGUCUUUUCUCGCCCGUUUCCACGUAAUAACUGAGGCCCACAGCUUGCACUCGGAUGCGUGUUGGGAUGGAGCGGGAUCUUCCUGGACAGAAGAAAUACGGAUGCAUUCCUUUCAUUUUCAAAUGGUAGCAUGGUAAGAAGCCACUCUGGGAUGAACUUGAGAACUGUACACAUUGUACAGUCAAAUUCCUUUCUACAGUCUGUAUUUUUAUAAACGUUUCUAGCAGAAUUUUUGGAUCUUUUACAAGAUCAGAUGCUUGUACUGCUGGUCUGCUAUGCGGUGCUCAGAUCACCAGCAGGAAAAGAAAAAUAAUGUUACUAAGUAGUUCUCCAAAACUCCUGGAACAGAAACAGUUAUUCCAAACCACCGGAUUUUUACAAAUUGGCUCCACACACUGCUUCUUGGCACGAAGAGGAGAAGUGCAUCUGGAGGACAUAUGGGAGACUCUGCCCAGGGUGGUAUGGAGUGGAUCGCUCUGGGGAAAACUAGCACAAGGGGCAAAAUGGCACGACGCAUCACCUACUGACCACUACUGCUAAAAACUGACAGGAGGAACUCACCUCAAAGUCAUCUGUACCUGGUUAUAAAGCGCUCGCUAGUUUGUUUUCUGAUGGUCAAACGCAAGACUUUUUUUUUCCUGAUCCCUUAUGCAGCUGUCAAGUUGUCAAAAUGCCUUCCUUCUUCAACAAAACUGUUAAAGAUGUUGCUGUAACUGAAAAAUGAAGUGUCAAAUAAUGUUUAACAGACUUUAAUUAAAUGUCAAGGAAAUGCAAAUGAUGGCAAAUUGGAGCAUUCAUGAGACAGACUGGAAGAACUAUAUUAAAUUAAACUUGACUAGGGCAAGAAACACAGGUAGCUCUAGCCCAGCGGUUUUAUUUCCCUUCUUAAAGGGACUCAGAGCAGAAAUUUCCCUCAUACAUUUGGCAAAGAAAAGGGGUAUAUCAGUGUUAUUCUUUACUCACUUCAAGGCAGAAUACUGCCAAUUGCUGUGCCACGCUGGGGCAGAUCCUGGGGCUUGUUGCCUGUCCCUUUGGGGUUACAUGUCUUGGCAAUGCAGGAGGGGCAGUGAGAAUGAAUUAAGGAAAGGAGGAAUAAUCUGGAGUGAUGGAAAAUACUCUCUUCCUCUUCUGAAACACAGGGCUGCCUACCGCUUUUUGAAAAUGCCCGGCAUCUUCUUCUGUUAUCAGUGUGCAAUGGUCUAGGCAAGGCUGACACUUUAGCUUCAUAGUACAAAUCAAUCGCAGCAGCAAAAGCAGCUCCUCUUCACUGGGCCCCGUGAUACAGAACUUCAGAUUCUUCCGUCAGUAACAUUUCUUAUGAAUGUAGGAGAAGUAAGAUGCUUACAGUAAUUGAGAUGCAUCCCACCAGCAGCUUGGCAGUGAUGUUUUAAUCAAAACACUAGAUCAGAAAGCAAAUGCACAUUUGGUGAUUUUGGUACAAAGGUCCCUAACUAGUUGAAUGUUGGGAACUUGCUGGAGGUAGCAUAAGCAGCAGAGUUGCAGAGGAUAUGCUGUCUAUAUUAAGUAUCAAGAAAUAGUCAAAUUUAUGCCACCACUGUGUUUUGAAUAUGUCAGUAUAUGUUUCAGUUUAAGUAUUACAUCUGGAGUCCAGCAUCAAGCAGCAAAUCCUCAGAACAUUGUUUUUACAGAUUUAUUGAGGAACGGAGGAGAAGAACGGUCAUGUGAAAUGACCCCUUUUAUAAGUAACACAGUGUAAAAUGCAUUAGCAGCUUGCGUGUGUGCGGUAGCUCAUCGGCCACGCUGCAGUCUAGGGUAGAGCAAUAUAUUGGGUCAAAAUCCAGAGAUUGUCCUGUUUGGUACAUCUGUGUCACCAUGGCCAAGUCCCAGGCACAGCGGUACGGAGGAUGCAGUGUUUGACUUUGAUUAUUACUGGCUUGUAUUUAAAACGCUAACCAAAAUUCAGUUCCCACGUCCAAUUAGCGGCAGAUUUCUCCUUGCAUUCCUGAGAGCAGAUUUGUUGCGUUGCUCUCACAAGCGUGCACCAUGUAUGCAGCGUUGCUUCUCUCCACCCACCGCCCCGGGUGGAAUGUACAUAAAACCAAAAAAAAGAUCUUGACAGAAAUCACAGAUAAUUUUCAAUCUGCUAAAUCUGUUACGUCUGCAAGCAGAACACUAGAAAAAUCACAUAGUGCACGUUCUCCUGCUGAAUCUUUACGACACUAUUGCACAAAAGAAUUUAUUGCCGUUUUAAUGUGUUAGCUAAAACAAGCCACUAAGAAGUAGCAAUAUGUAUCACCAGCAUUAUGUAGCAUAAAAAUUAUUUAAUAGAGGUUAAUAUGCUUGCUCAUAACAAUUUUAUAGGGAUUCAAUAGCUAGAAACAGGGAGAUUCAUCUAAAAAUUAAGCAAUGUAAGUUUGAAAGAGCAUUACUUUUUGAAUUUGUUGGUUUUGAUGAGGAAAGUAGAAAAGAGGAUGUAGGACCACAAAGUCUCUAUACAAAUGUACGUAUUCCAUAUGGGUGGGAUUAGCUAUAAUAUAAAGUAGUUCUGGUAAACAGGCAUCCUGUAAGCCGUGAUUUGUAAAUUGGCAGCUCAAAAUAGCCAGCAAAAAAAUAAAAACCGGGCAGUGCCUGCAGGGGCAGAUACAGCGGCAGUGGGAGCGGAUGGGACCACGUGGCUAUCGCUGGAGGCACGGGUGCUACGUGGGGUGAUGCUCGUAGGGUGACAGACGUUAGCAGUGCACCAAAUGAUUUCCACUGAGAUGAAAAAAAAAAAAUAAUAAAAAAAAUCAAUAAGCAGCUGAAACGGUCUGGUUUUCCCACUGCAGCUCUCUGCCCCUGUAACAGCAAGGAGCCCCGUGCAGGUCGUAAGUGCUCAUAAAGGCGAACACGGUUAGACAGCAUUUCAUGCGACCUUGCUGAAGCAGCAUUGCAAGGGGUUUAGGCUACUGAAUGGGACAUGAAAGUUGGGGUUUUUUUACAAAUAUUAGAAAAAAUAACUGCGCUGCAUCUUGUGAGCUUACAUAAAUCGGCAUGCAAAAAUAACUUGAAAGUUCUGCCAUUGUCUCUCAGGAGAUGUGAGUAGAAAAUGCUGAUUUUCAAAACGCAACUGCAUAGGGAAAUGUAGUAGGCCACAGUCACUAAGGCUAACAGAGUCUUACCAAUUGAGAAAAGAAAAAUUUCCCUUUUUACUAUAUUUCUCAUGAAAGGCAAAACGAAACCACUCAUAAGCUAAUGCCGAGUGUCUCUUAAUCAUAAAGCAGCAGUUAAUAUGGAACUGCUUUUGCAAUAAUAAUUUAAGACUUUUAAGAAGUGCUAAGUAGAAGAAAAUAUAAGUUAAGUCAAGAGUCUUCAUCUUACUUGGAUGUUUUCCAGUGAUCUGCGUACAGUGUCAGCGCACUUGACUUCAUUUGGGCCUUGGGUUGUUUUCUUCUGCUGCAAAGGGAGUUGGCUAGGGAAAUUUCCUUCAUGUUGCAAUUGGUCUUCGUCAGGUAAAUUCAGCCAAGAGGUCGGGGGCUUGCUUUCCUUUCCAGCUGGCAGGCAACAGUGCAGUGAGGUUUGGUGGUUUCUGGGAACGCCUCAGGGUGAUGCCAUGUCCCACCAGCAUCACCCUGAGAUGGCCAUGUGAAGCCUCAGCAUUAGAAAGUACGGUCCUGUGGUUUAAUUGAAAGGAAGGGACAUGUGUAGGGAGAGUAAUGGCACAUGAGACAGCUGCCACAUUUGCCCAGGGCCAUCACUGAGGCCAUUGCGUGUUCUUGCAGGUACAGGUGGGAAUGGACACACGGCUCCUGCCCCUGCUAUCGGCUUGAAGUGAAGCCCCCCGCAGAGGUUACUUGUUCUAAGGCAAAUAUACUACAGGGCGAAUCCCUUCUCUUCCCUGGAAGAUGGAGCUAGGGCUACAAUAAUGUCACAGGACCCCAAACAGUAUAAGGUGCAUCAGAAGGUCCCUGGUCUGUCUCGGGGUGCUCCAGAGUGCCAAGGAGAAACUUUGCAUUUCCAGACAAGCACUCAUUUUUCAGAUUCAGAGUUCAACAUCAUCUUUUAGUAUGACUGCUGCCUCUCCAAGUAAGCAGUUACGGUACUGUGGCUUUUGUUUCCCCCUGCGUUUCUCUGUGAGAAAACAUCUGAAUCAGGACAAAGUAUGAAAAUGUACCCGUGUCCUCCUUCCUGAUGGAAACCGUAUGUAUACUCAUGAAACGUCAAACUCUGUGUAUAACACUUGUCAAGAAUGCUUUGUAAUGUUUUAUCACCACUGGUUCAAAUUUUUAUAUUGGGGUCCCAUUUUCUAGCUUUCUUUUUGUAAGUGUUCUCUCUUUGUUCUGACAUACAACUUUUAAGGAGCCUUUUUAAAAUAAAAAAAAAAAAUAAUACCAGAAAAAAGUUUAUACAAAAGAAAAACACGACACCUUCAAGUAGCUUGUCAAAUGGGCUGCAUUAGGACCAAAGAUGUAAUGUCUUGUUUUCUUGCUUUAAAGGAAUAGGGUAUUGAUCACCACUUCCACAGCCUCUUAUUACAGGGAAAAGCUACAGAUCUGCACCCUUCAUUGGGGCUGGGCCAGACCUCCACUGAGCCAAGAAAGCUUGACAGGAGGGUGAGGCCUGGCUGUAGAAAACCAAACCAAACCAAACCAGACCAAACCAAAUCAGGACCAGGUAUCACUUCAGGGCCAGACCUACAACCUUUACUCCAUUUUGAUUCAUUUCCUACUCAACGCAAUAGCUAAACAGGGACACGGUCAAGAAAAAAAGAAAUAAAUACAUCAUGUUUUGGCUUAGUAUCAGGAAAAAAUACAACGAUGUGAAGAUGAGACGUGAUGAUAACUGCUUUUUAUGUGAGGAAGUGUGUAGGCAGCAGUGAGUCUUUAAAACCGAUAACAUUUUUGGUUAUGUAUUACUUUAAUUAUGCGGGGGCAUUGAAAUCACAGCGCUUCCAUGAUAGGCUUUACUUUCUGCCACACGUCCUGCCUUUGUUCGACAUCGUGUGUUUUGGCAGAUCCACCUGUAUUGCUGUGGCUGUGUGAGAAUUGCGGGUUGGUCAGAGGCAAAGCGUGCAACCCUUCCUUACACAUGGGAGGGGAGAGAAGAGUGCGGUGAUAGUGGGCCAUACCACAGCAGUGAAGCAAACCCUCAGUAGCAUCCAAACAAAAGGUUUCUCAAGGAAAAAAUUGACAACUGAAGAUCUAAAUGGCAAAAGACACGCACUGCUGGAGUCGUCAGGCAAAAUGCCUUCGGCCAAGAUUCAGGGCUGGUGCUCCACCAACUUUACAGUUGUCCUCUUACGUGGUGCAGACGGGGCUGUCUGGAUGCUCAACAGCACGGGCUUUGUGGUCUCUCUGUACCUCUCUCCUUGAAGUAAUGGAUUUGUCUGAUUAAUAAGGUGGAAACCAGAAAGCCGCAGCUAACAACUGGACUGGUUGGAGGUUUUGUUCCUAUGUAGCUGAUACGGUACACCGUUUCCAGUCACGCUGGAAUUUAUCCAGACCCUUCUCCUUACCUCUCACAAGUUGGCUGAAGAGUGUGCAUUUGCAACCGCCAUCAAUGUUAUCCUCAUAUUUUAUGAAAGGGAGUAAGUGAAGUAGUUGUCUACAAUGGUAGGAGGCUUGGCUCACAUACCUAGGUUGCUUUUUUAAUCCUCCGGUCCUAAUAUUGUUCCCCUUGAAAUCAAUGGGAUGUUUAACUUGAUUACACUGAGAGUAUAAAACAAGGCUAAUGUUGAGUGAUUUUUGAAAAUCCCUCGCAAUAAUCAGAGAUCCUAUGGAUCCAUUGCCCGUUUUAGGCUGCUUUGUAUUGAUGCAAUCAACCGAGUAUAAGGUAUAAUGUCUUGGUUUUAAUAAACUGUCAAGCAAUAUAUCCAUAGAUACAGACGGUACCCUCACAGCAUUGUAAAGUUACUCAAUUAUGAAAGCACUAUUUGUACAAUAAGAAACUGUUGACUUUUAUAUGGUUUAAUGGUUUAUACUGUUGAUCAAAAAAUGUUUGUAUAUUGAGCGAUAAAAAUGAGGUGUAUAUUAUUCUUUUUAAUUGUUUUUAAUUUUUGGAGAACUUUUAUUGUAAUAUACUGUUGUAUUUGGGAGGAAGAAAAAUCAGUGGCUAGCUUGUAUGGUUUGUAGCCAGAGAAGAACUCACAUUAUGAGUUCUUUAUUGAUGGACUUAGACUUUUUUUUUUUUUUUGUAAAAGUUGUCACCUUGGGGAUUUAUCCAGAGCUUAGCGAAGCUAAUAAUGGGACCCGUUCCUCUCUCCAAGACUCUUUGGCUCUCUGCAUGCACAGUGCUGGAGUUUCAUAAUGUGAGCAAUAAUACAGCUAAGACUUGUGACCACUGGAAGUGCAAUAUGAAAGCCCAGGUGCUGCUUAUCAGGGCGCUAAUAAAAGCUGCUCUUUCAAAAUGCAUGGCAGGUUCUCACUUAACUUUUAUGACAAAAGCAGAAGAGCAGUCAAAGCAAACCCUCAAAAGCUCAUCCGUGUGUCAUUUGGCAGAUGAAGCCACACUGCUGGCCAUUUGCAAAUUGCAUAGGUAUGAGCUGUGCAACAGCAACGCAGGACUCCCUCGAAAGGAAAGGCAAAAUAAAGUCUCAUCCAGAGUCACACUGGUGACUUAAAUUGUUGUACUGCGCUAGGCAGAAAGAGGAAUUCUGUUAGCAAAGCCAGUCAAAUGAAGCCCCGGCGUCCUCUUGAGUAUUGCUGUUUAAUUAUCCAACUGGUGGAACAUGUAGCAGACAAGGAUUAAAGGAAUUACAGGGUCCUCAACAUAACAGAGCAAAAUACACUGGGUUGACAAGACAGCAAAUAGGAGAGGAGCUGGGACUGUCAGUACGCAUUCAGCCUGGAUAAGUCCCCAGUAUCAUGAUUAGUAAAUUAAAUCAUUUUUGUCUUCAUAGAUGAACUUUAUACACAGAAAAAAAAAAAGCCACUACAGCACCUUUCUCAUUUUCAUCUUUCCAUCCAGUCCCUUCCAAUACGUAGGCUGCAUGUUUUACCAGCUCAACUUAUUUUAUGCAGAAAUGACGUAGUCUUACUCUUCAUAUUACUGGUUCUCAAAAAUGUCUAAUGCGUAUUAA